UACGAAGACGUCAGACGACGAUUACAUGUACUGCGCUAGUCACACUGCUAUCGUAAUUCUUUAGUUGGUGGUCUCAUAAAAAAUCUACUUUUAUCAUGAAAAAUCUCUUUGUUAUACUGGCGCUAUGUGUCGUAAGCUUGUAUGCGCUGGAUGGCUUCGAUUUCUAUCGAAAGAAAAUGGAUGAAUGUCUAUCCGAGAACGGGCUGAGCGAAUACGAUCUGAAGUACGUGUUCAAAAUAGGAAAACCAGAUUAUGAAAGUCCAAAGAACAUAUCCGACAAAACGUUGGCCUGUAUGCUUUCUUGCAUGUACCAUCUGUACAAGAAUCGUCAAACUAUCGAUAAGGCCAUUGCAACCGUGAUAAAUAGAGACGAUAGUCUCACUGCUGAGAAGAAAAAGAAUUUGCUGGGAACUGUGCGGAAUUGCACUCGAGAAGCUGGCGAUGAUGAUUGUGUACUGUUGCAUUGUCUCGAUGUAACUAAGGAACCGUUUUCAAAAAUCAUAACAGCUGCAAAAACAUAAUGACUCCGCUGAAAAAAAUAAACAUGCCAUGGAUAUAGAAGAUUGCUUGAAUCAACAUAGUAACAUAACGAAAAAAGGUUUAUCUGUAAAAGAUAUCAUAUUAAAAUCUAUUGCCCCCUACGAUUUGGGCUGCAUUACAUCAUGUUUAAAGAAGAAAGAAUUGAAGAAUGGAGUAACUUUAAACAGUUACGUUAUACAAAACGCAUAUCUACCGUCUACGAAAUUCCCUGAUUGGUAUGAAAAGAAAAACGAAGACUAUCAGUACGUUGUAAUAGCAAAUAGAUGCAUAAACGAAGUCGCAAAAGUAAUCUCGUCGAAGAAAGUUUUAGUGAAACGUUGUAGCCCAAAAGUGAAAGAAAUCAUGAAGCUUUGCUGGAUUAUUCUGAUAGCUUUAUGCAUUUUUGGAAUUAAUGCUCGACCCAACUCAGAACCGGAUAACGAUGGCGGAUUCGAGCCCUUGGCUCUUCAAUGCUUGAGAGAAUUGAAAAAAGAUCCAACUCUGUCUGCGAAGAACUGCGACGAAAUAGAGAGCAGCUUGACCGACGAUGAGAGAAAUUGCAUCCUAGCUUGCAUGUUCAGAAGAAACGAUCCCGACAAGAAAAGCUUGUACGAAUACUUGAAGAGUCAACUAAGCACAAUCGACAAUCGAAUCCAAGUGUACCGUGAUGAGUUACUUGAAAAGCUAAACUCGUGCAAAGCUUUAGUUGGAGAAGGCAACGACUGCGGAGUUAUGAAAUGUAUAGAGCUUUUCAAGCCGCCAUUUGCUCAUUGGUACUUGCAAACGAAUUGAAUGAUUGGUGAUACCAGAAUAGACUCGAGACGUAUUGAGAGCACAAAAUAAAACGAUCGUAUUAUUAAUAGAACAUAUAAAAUUGUAAUAUUUUUUUAACAAUGUACAUGCUCACUACAGGUGUUUGCAGGUUCAAUAAAAAAAUGUAACAACCUUAAGCAAAUAAAAAAUAUUUAAUCGUA